GGAAGCCACAAAAUAUACUAUCAUCUGCCAUACGAAACCUUUAUUUUGCUUCCAUCACAAUGAUUCCUCUCUGCUUCAUUGAAAGAUUGGCAAAUUCUUUGUUUAAGCCGUGAAUAAUUCCGGAACACGAACACUAACAGCGCUGUAAGAUCAGAAAGGUCGGACCACUGAGGAACCAUUGAAGCACCCUCGACGUUGGACCCCAAAUAAUGGCUCUCGACGCACAGAGUAAUUGGAAUGUGGAGAUGUCGCAGCCUCUCAAGUUAUCCAUUAGAUCACAAAAUUCAGAGCCCAAGCUGGCUUCUGGAACAAUGGCAGAGCUUUAUCGUAAAGCUCCUGCGCAGGAGAUCCUUCUCCCGAUGGAGAUAAUUUCUCAGAUCCUAUCUUACAUUCCUAAUCGCUUGGAUACUCAAUACACUUUCUACUCAUGCGCGCUGGUAUCUAGGAUCUGGUAUUCGGCAUCUAUCGCUAUUCUAUAUGAGCGACCAUAUCUUAGUGGCACAAACUUUAAUAACUUUGUAGCCACUGUUUGCCCCUCCAAAAAUGCACAUAUACGGCAAUCCGCACUCGCACCUUUGGUCCGCCGGCUUGAUAUGGGAGGAUUAGUUCACAAUAGUUCUAGGAGCUUGACUGCGCGUUUACUGGGCCGAUUAAAGGGGAAUCUUGUCGAAUUUGUAGCACCACAGGCCUCAUUCGCUAUCAACUCCUUCCCCGCUCUCAGCAAAUGUACCCAACUCCGAUACCUGGAUCUUUCCUUGAUCUCCGCUUCGAUAUCGACCCGCUUACUGUUUCAAACUCUCAAGACACUGCUAGAACUCGAAACAUUACUUUUUCCGCGAACCUCGAAUAGUGAUCAAGACAGAAUUGACGAAGUAUAUGAAUGGCCACCAAAGCUACAAGGCCUCCAUUUAGCAGGCGGAGUCGAUGACCACUUCCUUCGGACUCAUCUUCGCCAUGUCCCAUCGACACUUUCACGUUUCAGUAUUCAACACUGCAGUAUGGUGUAUGCUCCUGCACUUUUAGAAACCUUAGAGCACCUGGGACCUCAAUUGCAACACCUAACAAUUCGACACCCGAUGAAUCGUAUGGGUGUUGGGGCCUUAGACUACGUCCUUUUGGCGUGCUCGUCCUUAACCGCUUUCCGAAUAUCUGCCGAUUUUAUCACAGAUGCAUUGUUCGAAAAUAUUACCCCCGGCCACCCCUUGCGAAUAUUAGAUUUGGAUUGCAGCGGCACAGCAGGCACGGAGGUUAAUAUUACUGCUGGGGCAGUCUACGAUGCAGUGGAAGAAGGAAGAUUGCCAUUUUUGAGGAGCGUGAGGGUUAGCUCUAGGCUGGCUUGGAAUGCAACUCAGAGUGGAAGGCAAGAUAUAAUUGACUUGAUAGAAACAAUGGAGGAUCUCGAAAAUGAGACUCCACUUGGGAUAGAGCCAAUAGGUGUCUGGUUUUCAACGGAUUGAUGAGCUAGGCGGUACUUCUCAUCGGUUCAUGUUCGAAGUUGUAACAGAUAGUCAAGUAACACACUGAGGUAUUUUGUAGUACCUAGGACACUACGCCCAAGAUUUUUAACCAGUUUAGCAAGUUGCUUACAACAGGGUUUGGAUCGUGGCAUUUCAUUCAAUAAUUCCCAUGUGUUUCCUGGAUACCCUGAGUGUGUCACAAAAUGUUAAACCA